AUGGAAACAGUUUUGGUAAAAGCAAAUCAGACGAGUCAACAUUCACAAAUCGGACAAUUUUUGUCUCAGAAUUGUCGCUAUUUUUCGCAAGAAAAACUGGUCUCUUUGAAUGAUUAUGAAAGAAUAAGCGAAGAAACUCUGGAUCAACUUUCGGAAUACUUUGAAAACGUUUUUGAAGACAUUGAAAAUGAUGAAUUGGACAUUAAUUAUAGCAGUGGAGUUAUGACUAUGAACUUAGGCAAGAAAAAGGGGACUUAUGUUAUAAAUAAGCAAUCUCCUAAUAGGCAAAUAUGGCUUUCAUCACCGACUUCAGGGCCGAAACGUUAUGAUUUUAUUAACGGACAAUGGAUUUAUUCUCAUGACGGGUCAAAUUUAUAUGACCUUUUACAAAAUGAACUGUCUGCUGCUCUCAAUAUUCCAAUUGAUUUAUCUUGCAUGAAUUAUCAUGGUAAAUGA